GCAAUCCCAUGGAACAGCGAAACACCCUGGCUUUGACAGCAGCCACCGCAAGUCUUUCCGCCUCACCAGCCUGCCUGGGAGCUGGGAGCUGAAUUAUGGUGGCCCGACCAGCAAACGCAGCUGCAGGAGCCCAGCGUCUCUGCCCCUUCCUACGCUGCUAACCUGCCAGGAGCUCCAGGAAACCAGCCACAGCCGACCUGCCAUGCUCGCCCCUCCCAGCUCCCACAGGGGGUCCAAGCCAACCUCGCCAGGACCUACGCUAAGGCUGGAAGCCACUGGCCAGAUGUAGCCAAGAUCCAUCUCCUUUCCUUCUCUCUCUCUCUGCGGAUUGUUCCUGCCCAAUACCCACAGCCUGGACCGGGGCUGGUUCAAGGGCCUGCAGGAGCCCUGAUGUUGCACGGCUCUCUCUCCUGAGCAGCCACCACCAGCACUCAGAGUUGGGGGCGGACAGCGGAGACGGACGUGGGCCCGAGGGAGCCCAGAGGGCCUGAAGGCCAGGGCCCGAAAUGGCCCAAGCACUGCCCUGGCUCCUGCUGUGGAUGGGCUCAGCACUGCUGCCUGCCCACUGCACCCAGCCUGGCAUCCGUCUGCCUCUGCGGAGCGGGCUUGGGGGGACCCCUCUGGGCCUGCGACUGCCUCGGGACACGGAGGAGCCAGAGGACCCUUGCCGGAAGGGCAGCUUUGUGGAGAUGGUGGACAACCUGAGGGGCAAGUCCGGUCAGGGGUACUAUGUGGAGAUGACUGUGGGCAGCCCCCCACAGACGCUCAACAUCCUGGUGGACACAGGCAGCAGUAAUUUUGCAGUGGGGGCUGCCCCCCACCCUUUCCUGCAUCGCUACUACCAGAGGCAGCUGUCCAGCACAUACCGGGACCUCCGGAAGGGCGUGUAUGUGCCCUACACCCAGGGCAAGUGGGAGGGGGAGCUGGGUACCGACCUGGUGAGCAUUCCCCAUGGCCCCAAUGUCACAGUACGUGCCAACAUUGCUGCCAUCACUGAGUCGGACAAGUUCUUCAUCAACGGCUCCAACUGGGAAGGCAUCCUGGGCCUGGCCUAUGCUGAGAUUGCCAGGCCUGACGACUCCCUGGAGCCUUUCUUUGACUCCCUGGUAAAGCAGACCCACGUUCCCAACCUCUUCUCCCUGCAGCUAUGUGGUGCUGGCUUCCCCCUCAACCAGUCAGAAGUGCUGGCCUCGGUUGGAGGGAGCAUGAUCAUUGGGGGUAUCGACCACUCGCUGUACACAGGCAGCCUCUGGUACACACCCAUCCGACGAGAGUGGUAUUAUGAGGUGAUCAUUGUGCGGGUGGAGAUCAAUGGACAGGAUCUGAAAAUGGACUGCAAGGAGUACAACUAUGAUAAGAGCAUCGUGGACAGUGGCACCACCAAUCUUCGUUUGCCCAAGAAAGUGUUUGAAGCUGCAGUCAGAUCCAUCAAGGCAGCCUCCUCGACGGAGAAGUUCCCAGACGGCUUUUGGCUAGGGGAGCAGCUAGUGUGCUGGCAAGCAGGCACCACCCCUUGGAACAUUUUCCCAGUCAUCUCACUCUACCUAAUGAGUGAGGUCACCAAUCAGUCCUUCCGCAUCACCAUUCUUCCACAGCAAUACCUGCGGCCAGUGGAAGAUGUGGCCACAUCCCAAGACGACUGCUACAAGUUCGCCAUCUCACAGUCAUCCACGGGCACAGUUAUGGGAGCAGUUAUCAUGGAGGGCUUCUACGUUGUCUUUGAUCGGGCAAGAAAACGAAUUGGCUUUGCUGUCAGUGCUUGCCAUGUGCACGAUGAGUUCAGGACAGCAGCAGUAGAAGGCCCGUUUGUCACCCUGGACAUGGACGACUGUGGCUACAACAUUCCACAGACAGAUGAAUCAACCCUCAUGACCAUAGCCUAUGUCAUGGCUGCCAUCUGCGCCCUCUUCAUGCUGCCACUCUGCCUCAUGGUGUGUCAGUGGCGUUGCCUCCGCUGUCUACGCCAUCAGCACGAUGACUUUGCUGAUGACAUCUCCCUGCUGAAGUGAGGAGGCCCAUGAGCAGAAGGCAGAGAUUCCCCUGGACCACAUCUGGGUGGCUGGUCCAAUUUGGUCACAAGGAAACAGAUGGCACCUGUGGCCAGAACACCUCAGGACCCUUACCCACCCACCAAAUGCCUCUGCCUUGACAGAAAAGAAGUAAAAGCUGGCAAGGUGGGUUACAGGAUUGCACCUGUAGGAAACAGGAAAGAAAGCAAGCUCUAGUGACAGGAAUACUCUUGUCACCUCAAACUUGACUUGGGGAAUUCUGUUGCUUGAAACUUCAACCCUGAGUCUUUGCCCACCAUCCCUCUCAAUCCCCCAACCCAAAGUAUUCUUCUUUCCUUAGUUCCAGAAGUAAUGGCUCCCACCCAGGUGAUCCCAGUGGGCGUCUCUGCAGUACCUGGAAGAGAAAAGGGCCAGUCUGUUUCCCUGCUGCCAAGUCAGUAAGAGUGAAUGCAGUUUGCUUUUGCGUUAGGGAUAGGAACUGUAUCAAUGAGCCUAACUUGGUGCAAAGACUGCCUCUUGAAUUAAAAAGCAAUUUGACUCAAUAGUUGUACAAAUGCGAGUGGCUGGAGGAGGAGAAGAGGGAGUGCAAAGACAGGGAACACAAGGGGAUCCAAGCUAGGAAAGGUAGAAGCAUGACUUCUCGCCAGUUCCAGUUUCGGACUUCAUCUCCGAGACAGAAUCCCAUCUCUGUAAGAUGGUGUUGCUUCCCAGUGUUUUCUUUUCUGCGGCUGCAGCUGGACCAAAAGUGAGAUGGGAAGAAGAGCUUAUUUAACAAAAAAACUCUUUUUAGCUUUCUUAAAUGAAAAGUGUUCAGUAAGAAGUUCUAACUGAUGAAUUUCUACCUUACUGAUUCCACUUGUCUCUAUCUGAACACACUGCUCUACAUAUGCUAGGUACCACUGAAAUAUCCCAACCCUCCUAAACCCCAGUGCCCUAUGGAAAGCAACUGGAACAGUGCAAACAGAGCCGGGCUGGGCUUCAUCUUGCUGGGUACCUCUUCACUCCCUCCCCCAAAUCCCUAGUCCUCUGGAGCUCUGCAGCUGAGGUGCUAAGAAGAAAAGACAGGAGACCUCUCCUACCUAAUAAUCCUUGAAAGCAGAAUCCUGAAGAUUCAUUCAACAGGUAUAGGGGUGAUGCCCUUUAUUCAUGCUUGAUUUCUUCCUGUUCAGCUUUAAGUUGUAGUAAGACCUUUCCAUAAUACAGAGCAAUUUCAAUGAGGUCUCACCCUCUCUAUCUCACCCUCCGUCUAUUUGGCUAAGGCAUGCCACUGUGGCGCAAGUAUUAUACCAAGAGUGUCAGGAACACAAGGCUUUCAGGUUAUAGCAUCAUUGCCCUCAGUAUCAAGGAUGCCUGGAGAGUGGAUGGCAGCUUUAGGGCUUCCUUACUUCACCAUGAGAGCCUGUCAAAGGAAUCUACCCUUUUCUCCUGUUCUGCUCUCUAUUCCCCACUCCUAACAGUAGCUGGGUAUCUAGGCUGGUUCUUGGGCUAUAUAUUGGUGACCAAGUUCAUUACCUAUCACUUCUACCACAGUCAUCUAUGACACCAGUGUUAGUGAGAAGAGCUGAAUUUUCCUGGUAUACCCACUGGAUCUUAUUCCUUACAUGGUCAAUACACUGUUUCCAGAUAUGGGACCUGUCAAGUGUGGAAUUACCCGAUGAGGGAGAGGGAAUUACAAGAAGGGCCUCUGGAAAUCCUGGCCUCAGCCAGCUGCCCACAAGCCAUAAACCAAUAAAUCAAGAACACUGAGUCAUAGUUUUUUUAUCUGGAUUCUCUUCAUUCCCCCGCAGUUGGUGCUUCUUUGGCUGACUGGGCACACCGUAUAACUAUUAUGACAGACAGGAAGACUGGAGAUUGUCUAUUUCCAGCUCGGACCUUACUGUGUAAAUAAACCUCCAGAAUUGCUACCAUGGAAUAAAAAUGCCACAUUCUGCUUUAUAAUUUCUACCCAUGUUGAGGAAAACUUUUUUGCUUUUCUCAGUUCUUUCCAGGGCAUAAAACUCAAUCCCUUCAUUAGUAAGUUCCACUGUCCUACUUUUCUUUAAGAGAAAACCUGGGCUUGCUUUUUACAGUUAACUUCCUUUCUACCCUGAAACUAUAAACUCUAAGUAUAUGAAGAAAAAUCUUGACCACAGCUUCUUGCCUGUACAAAUAUAUAUUCUAUGUCUCUAUUUUUAAAUUCUACUCCAGAAAAAUGGUUGCCCCACUUUCCUCACUGUACUGGGGCUUUUCUCACUGACUGCAUGGCUCUUCCUGCCACAGGCCAGCGGGCAGAAGGAAAGGGAGAGCAAGGCUGGCCAAAACUUCAGUGCUGCUUUCUGACUGAUCCUGCACAAGGAAAAGGAAAGAGCAACAAUAAGGCUUCAGUUCCCAUGCACAAAUCUCCGAAACACUUGUCCUCCAGCUGUAGCUGGCUUUCAAGGGCUUUUACUAGGUAGUGGUUAAACCCCCCUAUCUACUUUCUCCUUUUCUCCUCCUUUGGAUUAAAAGACUUGUGCAAAGAAACAUAAUAUUCUUUACAUACACUUCUAAUUUCUAAAUUUUCAGAUUAUACUAAAAUAUACUGUAGGUAGCCUGAAGGCUGCUGUGAAGUUGAGGGGAAAUAAAAUCUUAAGUUUACAAAAUAAAAAAAAUGAAUCCUCCACCAAUUAAAAAGAACAAAGGAACUGCUCUUCCAUUUUGCCACAUUUCCUGAUCAUGACAGCUACCACACAGGAGACAUUCAUAUUUUAUUAACCAAGGGAAGUGGAUUAAUGUCACUUCAUUAACCCACUCAGGCCAUUUCAAUAACCCUACAAGAUGCCCAGGAGUUUCUGGGAAAUCCAGUUCCUUAGACUGAUGUCAGUCAAUAAAUCUGGGCAAGUAAGACAAGAGAAGAGGAAGAAUAUGUCCAUGAGCUGACAGGUAAG